AUGUUGGGAUCUGGGACACUGCGACCCGAAGCGAUGCUCGGGCAAGAGAUUGAUGCAUUUGGGAUUGAUGCGGGAGCUAGUCCGAAUGCGAAGAAAAUCAUCUCCCCUGCGGACCGAGACAUACUAGAACAAUAUGGCGCUGCAGUAGUGGAAUGCUCAUGGGUAAGAUUGAAGGAAGUACCUUUCUCGCGCAUAGGAGGAAAGUGUGAAAGACUUCUGCCCUAUCUCGUCGCAGCCAACACAGUGAACUACGGACGGCCAUGGCGGUUAAACUGUGUCGAAGCCCUGGCAGCCUGCUUCUGUAUUUGCGGUCAUGAAGAUUGGGCUAGAGAGGUUCUUAAGCAUUUCAGUUACGGCGAAGCUUUCCUCGAUAUUAAUUCGCAACUCCUGAAGCGAUACGCCGCCUGCGCCACAGAAGAAGACAUCAAACGGACCGAGGAAGAGUGGUUGGCUAAGAUUGAGAAAGAAUACGAAGACAGUCGUGUCGAAGGUGCCGAUGAUAUGUGGACAGUGGGAAAUACGAACCGGAGGGCAGAUGAUUCUGAUUCCGAUAAUAAGGAUAGCGAAGAUGAUGAAGAGGGCGACAAAGACAAAGAGAAGAAUGAUGAAGAGGAAGAGCCGGAAGAAGAAAAAGACCCUUUUGCCAUUUCGGAUGACUCUGAAGAAGAAGAGCAGAUGGCCGAAAUCCGCCGCAAAAUUCUCAACUCCAAGUCUUUUCAGAAUCCUACGAUUCCCGACAAGCCCCAACCUGAGAAGAUCACACGUCCAGAUGCAGGGCCGGUUGAAGACUCAGACGCCGAGUCCGGGUCUGCGGGUGGGAGUGACGACGAAGCGUUUGACAAUAUCAUCGAUGCGACACCGGUGACGGAUCGGACAGGUAUUAUUGCUGCGACCCGGAAAAAAGGGAACGACACCCUCAGCGCGUCGUUUUCUCGAACGGUGAUUAGUGCUCCUAAGCGGUGGUAG